CACUAUCAUUAGCAUUUUUACUCAUUAUUAGGCUAUUAUGUCAUUCACUGACACCAAUUUUACAAACAAUUAUUUCAUAGUUCCUCCAUUUAAGUUUGUUAUCAUUGGUCAACUUCAAUAUCUUAUCAUUUCUCCUAAUAUUUUCCAUCAUCAAACUAUCAGUAGUAGACGGUAUCGUGUAAUUCAUUUGACCCUCUUUUUAUUAAUCAAAUUUAUAUUAAUAAUUUCGUGAUCGAAAAUGAGAGGGUAUUAGAAAUUUCUUAGUUACUCUUUACUAAUGGUUUUAAAGAUUUCUACUUCUCGUUUGGUCUUACGUUUUAUCGGUACUCUAUGAGUUGACGUGUUCAGUCGUUCAGUGUACAGUUUCGUUCAAAUUGUGAAUUGUCAAAAGUAAACAGAUAAUGAAAAUUCGUCUUUAUUACAGUAUCAGUAAAUGAUAUGAAAGCAGGUUCAAGACCUUCUGGUGGGAAAUUAAUUAAAAGAAAAGGAAAUAUGUCGACUUCACAGUCUUUACUGAAGAAAGUUUUAGUUAACGAACAUGUUAGAGCCACUAAUUCACCGUCCUUCAGAAAAGGGCAGGAGCAUUCUCCGGAGUCGUCCGUGGUUGGCGACGACCUCGAGGCGAGCGACGAACUGAAGUGCCCGGUGGUGCCGUUCCUGACGCUCGCCUCGUGGCUCCUGUACGCCCUGCUGUGGCUCACUCUGCUGCUCAUAGCGGCGCACUUCGAGUUUGGCGCGGUGUUCGUGGUGGUGUCCCUGCUGUGCGUCAUCUGGGCGAACACGAGGACUGGGCCCAGGAAGCAGGGCGAGAUGAGCGCGUACUCCGUCUUCAACCCGGACUGCCAGCCCAUAGACGGCACGCUGCGAGCCGAGCAGUUUGAGAGGGAGAUGGGUUACAGGAUGCUGCCGAACUGAAAGACCCUUUCCUGUUUGCGAUUCACCCUGACAGUUGAGAUAAAUGACUUGAAACCUCUAUUUAUAUAGAGUGUUGAUCUGUUUGUACGCAAUAUAUAUUUUUUAUAAUCUUUGUUAUAAAUAUACUGUAGGUAGCUAUAAUGAGGUGUGUUGCAAUUUAGUUAGUGGAAGUUAAUUUUUUAAUUACAGUACAUCAAACUGUUAGUACAUAUCACUAUUAAUAUUCUAAAAAAAAAUACCACUCAUAAAGUUUACUGUGGCAUUUUGCAUUAUUUUACUGUUAUAAAAUGAAUUUUAUUUAAAGUUAUUUGUGCCCCCUUUCAUUGCUAUGGUGUAAAUGUGAAUGUCCACAAGUCCAAAAGUUUAUAAGCCUCUAGAUUUUAUUUCUGUUUUUUUUUUUUUUACUGCAAGCUCUGUGAAACGAAACUACAGAAUGUCUAAUGCAAGCAUUAUUGAAUGAUACCUGUUAUGCCAUGUCCUUUGAUUUGUUCUUUAAUUUUAGCAUUUGUUGUAGAAUGCAAUGUGAACAUCACCGUGAAGUCAGUCUGUAUUAGGUUUUCAGACUAACUAUAUGCACUGAAUAUUAUUGGUUGGCCAUAGGUAGACUUAAAAAUGGCCCGACAAGUUGUCAAUAGAAUUGUUAAAAAUCAGCUGAUGUAAACAACUUCAUGUGUGGGUUUUUUAAAUAGUACUUCAGAAUUUUUUUUGUCAAAAUAAUUUAACAUAAAAUUUAA